UGACGUCUCGCGUGUGCCACAGUCUGAAAACCGGGAACAGACUGCACGUUCACCUCAACGGAAACUACACAUUUCUGUAAAUAACAGGUGUUUUUCCCCAAAGACUGAAAGUGUUGCUGCCAUGCCUGCUAAAAAGACCACUACCAAGAGAAAAGCUACACCUUCUGUGGAUGAUGUUGAAGACUCCAAGAAAUCGAAAGUUUCACACAGGAGUCAUUGCACGGAGGCAGGUCAGGUCCUGGUUUUGGGCCAGGGGGAUGUUGGACAGUUGGGUUUAGGAGAGGAUAUCACUGAGAGGAAGAAACCAGCUCUCCUGUCUCUACCAGAGAAGAUCUUGCAGGUGGUAGCAGGGGGGAUGCAUACAGUAUGUCUCAGUGAAGCUGGUAAUGUUUAUACAUUUGGCUGUAAUGAUGAAGGGGCUCUUGGUCGGGACACGACAGAGGAGGGUUCUGAGAUGGUUCCAGGGAAGGUGACGCUGAACGAAAAGGUGGUCCAGGUGUCUGCGGGGGACAGUCACACUGCUGCUCUCACAGAGGAUGGAUCGGUGUUUAUCUGGGGCUCCUUCAGGGAUAAUAAUGGAGUUAUUGGUCUUCUAGAGUCUAUGAAAACAUGUCCUUUUCCAGUUAAAACCCCCAUUACAGAGCCUGUUGUGAAAAUUGCCUCAGGUAACGAUCACAUGGUAUUGUUGACACUGGAAGGAAAUCUUUACACAUCAGGUUCUGCCGAACAAGGGCAGCUGGGAAGAGUGCCUGAGCAUUUUUCUAAUAGGGGAGGCAGAAAAGGUCUUGAGCGACUGUUGGUGCCACAGAUGGUGAAACACAAAGGAAAAGUUCACUUCACUGAUGCGUUUUGUGGGGCAUACUCUACCUUUGCUGUGACAAAAGAAGGAUAUGUGUAUGGAUUUGGCCUCUCAAACUAUCACCAGCUGGGCACCAAAAGCACCACAAUGUGUUUUGUCCCAGUAAAACUGACAUGCUUCAAGAACUCAACCACUGCCUGGGUGGAUUUUUCUGGAGGGCAACAUCAUACAAUCUGCCUGGAUGCUGAAGGGCACGUAUACAGCCUGGGCAGAGCAGAGUAUGGCCGCCUCGGUCUGGGCCAAGGUGCUGAGGAGAAGAGUGAACCCACACGUGUAAUGGGAUUGGAGCCAGCUAAAGGAGUAUCAUGUGGAGCUUCUGUCAGCUAUGCAGUCACCAGAGAAGGAUCUGUGUAUGCCUGGGGCAUGGGAACCAACCUGCAGCUUGGCACGGGAGAGGAAGAUGAUGAGUGGAGCCCCGUAAAGAUGACUGGUAAACAGCUGGAGAACCGUGAAGUACUGAUGGCCUCCAGUGGAGGGCAGCACACAGUCUUGUUGGUCAAAGACAAGCAGGCGAGCUGAUGUCCUCAGACAGGAUGAUGUAGCGUAUUUUGAUCUUUUUCAAGGUGGGGCCUUGUUCAGGAUGCUCAAAUCUGGUGAGGGAGCUAAUCUUUAAGCAGCUUCCUAUGCUGAGCCAAGGAAGUAUGAGAUGUGGGGGAAAGUGAGGGGCGGUGGGGAAAGGUGAGGUUUUGGCCUCUUUUAUGAGAACCCCUGUUAUUAACUUUGGAAAGUUUUUGGUAGAUCAUGACAAAUGAAAGACUAUUUUUUUAAAUCUAGUUUUUGGAUGUUCUUUUGAAUUUCAUUAAGUCAUUUGAAUGGCUGUAUGUUGAGUGUUUUGAUUCUAAUGUGACUGCAUGUACAUAAUGGAAAUAGGAGUGUAAGCUGUUUAAAAAUUUCCUGAACAAGUCUUUUAAAUCUUUUGUUUAAGCAAUAAUUAAAAAUUAAUUUGGUUCA